AGUGGGAGCUGUGUGUUCUCAUGCGAACGGGAAGGAGCGUUGGGGAUCCGGAGUCUCGAGGUUGAGACCUUUUCGGGCCCGAAAGGGGAAUCAUCAGCCACCGCCGCUGCCCAGUCCGCGCCCGCCGGUCUUUCUUGUCUCCGGCCCGGCCCGGCCGUGCCGCCUCUUCCUGCCGUCUCCCUCCUCGGCCGUCCCCGCGUGUUUUGCGCGGUCGCCGGGCACCGGAGCUGCGGCGAGGAGCCCGCGGGCGGCCGGUCGGGCGGGGCGGGCGGCGCUGACAGCAUCCUGAGGUUAAACUUCUCCCAGUGGGGCCCAUGACUUCUGAUCAGGACACUAAAGUUGUGGCUGAACCGCAGACGCAGCAAGUCCAGGAGGGCAAGGACAGCGCUCAUCUGAUGAAUGGUCCUAUAUCUCAAACCACUUCUCAAACAAGUUCCAUCCCAGCUUUGAGUCAGGUUCCAGCAACUAAAGUUUCUGAACUAAACCCUAAUGCAAAAGUAUGGGGAGCUCACAUGUUACAUUUGGAAGGGAAUAGUGCAGCUGUUGGUGUGAGUGCUGCGUGGGAGGAGGCACCUGGCCAUCCUGCAGACUGUGGCCAGCAGGGAUUGGAUGCCAAUGGCGAUGGUGACAAAAGUCAUGAUAACGCAGCGUUACCAGAUUCCCAGGAGGCAGAGCAGACAGAGAUGAGCACUCUGGCUCUGGAUCACUCGGAAUAUGAAGCUCUGCCUGAGAGUAGUGAAACAGGAGGAAAUGAAUCUCAACAAGAAAGCCAAGAAGACCCCCGGGAAGUACUUAAAAAAACAUUGGAAUUCUGCUUAUCCAGGGAGAAUCUUGCUAGCGACAUGUAUCUUAUAUCACAGAUGGAUAGCGAUCAGUAUGUGCCAAUUACAACGGUAGCUAAUCUUGACCAUAUCAAGAAACUCAGUACUGAUGUGGACUUGAUUGUUGAAGUGCUAAGAUCUUUACCUUUAGUCCAAGUGGAUGAGAAGGGAGAAAAAGUGAGGCCAAAUCAAAAUCGCUGCAUAGUGAUACUGCGUGAGAUAUCUGAAUCCACCCCUGUGGAAGAAGUAGAAGCACUGUUUAAAGGAGAUAAUUUACCAAAAUUUAUAAACUGUGAAUUUGCCUAUAAUGAUAAUUGGUUUAUUACCUUUGAAACAGAAGCUGAUGCGCAACAGGCUUACAAAUAUCUGAGAGAAGAAGUCAAAACUUUUCAAGGAAAGCCAAUUAAGGCACGGAUAAAAGCAAAGGCAAUAGCUAUAAACACAUUUUUGCCAAAGAAUGGAUUUAGGCCUCUGGACAUGAACCUUUAUACACAGCAGCGUUAUACAACAUCAUUUUAUUUACCCCCAGUAUACAGUCCCCAGCAGCAGUUUCCUCUGUACAGCCUGAUAACCCCUCAGACAUGGUCAACGACACACAGUUAUCUUGAUCCACCCUUGGUAACUCCAUUUCCAAGUUCUGGAUUUAUAAAUGGGUUUACAUCUCCGACCUUCAAACCUACAGCGUCUCCCCUGACGUCACUCAGACAGUACCCUCCUAGAAGCAGGAAUCCUAGUAAGUGUCAUCUGCGCCAUGCGAUUCCUAGUGCAGAGAGAGGGCCUGGGCUGCUAGAAAGUCCUUCAAUAUUUAACUUCACUGCAGAUCGAUUAAUUAAUGGUGUCCGGAGCCCUCAGACGAGGCAAACAGGGCAAAGUAGAACACGAAUACAAAACCCUUCAGCUUAUGCCAAGAGAGAGAUUGGAACUGGGCGUGUGGAGCCAAGUAGUCUUGAAUCCUCUCCUGGUUUAGGGAGAGGAAGGAAGAAUUCCUUUGGCUAUCGGAAGAAAAGAGAGGAGAAAUUUGCAAGCAGCCAAACUCAGUCUCCAACACCACCAAAGCCUCCAUCCCCAAGCUUCGAACUGGGGCUUUCCAACUUCCCUCCAUUACCUGGAGCUGCAGGCAAUUUGAAGACAGAGGACUUGUUUGAAAACAGGUUAUCCAGCUUGAUAACAGCGUCAUCUAAAGAAAGAAGCCUUAGUGCAGAUGGCGGCACGGGCACCGUUCCUGCCGUGGUACCCAGGGAGCACUCAGUGCCAGCGCCUUGUACUGUAUCAGCAGCGUUGGAACGUUCCCCUUCACCAGCCCGUUUACCUGAGGAUCCCAAGGUGGCAGAAAAGCAGAGGGAAACCCACAGUGUGGACAGACUCCCUUCUACACCUACAACAACUGCGUGUAAAUCAGUGCAAGUGAACGGAGCCGCCACAGAACUGCGAAAGCCCAGUUAUGCAGAGAUUUGUCAGAGAACGAGUAAAGAGCUUCCUUCCUCUCCAGUGCAACCCCCAAAGGAACAAAAGCCAAAUGCUGUCAGUUGCGGGAAGGAGGAGAAGCUCACUGAGCCUGUGGAGAGGUGCAGGGAGCCCCCUGCCUUCAGGUCCACUCCUGGAGCCCCCAAAGACCAGAGGAGGCAGCCUGGGCGCCGACCCUCACCGCCACCUCUCGGGAAGCGUCUCAACAGAGAACAGAACACUCCCCCCAAGUCUCCUCAGUGAAAUCCGGAUGCCUGGGAGGGGCCCUGAAGAGCUUUUAUUUGCCACAAACGAAACUCUUCCCCACUCAGUAGGAGAAUGAGUCGCUGGUUAGGAGCUUGCAGUAUCUGUGAGGCCCAUGGGAUGCCUGCAAGUUAUUUUUCUUCUGUGGUCGGAUUUUCCCCCUCUUGGAAAAAAAAAAAAAAUCUAUUUUUCAGGAUUUAAUUAUAUAAUAUAAACCUUAUUUUAGGUUGGUGCUUAACUGGAGGUGAUGCAUAAAUCUUGAUUUUUUUUUUUUCAGGAUAGAAAAUGUAUUUAUCCUAACAAAUUGAUAUUUUUUAUUAAGCCUCCACAUGGCUCUGAAUGCAAGCUACAUAUGAGUUUUUCUGAAUUAAGGGAGCUAUGCUACUUUGUUGUCUUUUUAAAUAGCUGGUCUGCAAGUGCAUAUCACUAGGGUAUCCUAGCAAUGGAUGGGCGAUGGUGUUGACAGGGGCAGCCUUGGCCUCAGAGCAGGGGACUGGCCAUGUCAGGGUGCCGACGCACUGGCGUGGGAUCUGUGUUUCCAUCUAAACUGUUGACAGGUGAUUCUAGCUUUAAAUAAAGAUGCAGUAUAUAUAGUUCCUUUUUGAUCUAGUGGGCAGAAUGAACCUGCAAAGAGCACCUUAGAAAGAUCUGAAGUCUUCAGAGUUCUGAUGCAGUGCAAGCAAGUAACCAGCUUCUCACUCCAGGUCCAAGUGUAUUAUGGAGAAUGAAUUCAAAGCACAUUGUGAAUAGACCCUCAAUGAAAAUACAAACUUUGUUGCCCACUGACAUCAUACCAUGAAGUUGUACCAUGAUGUUGUUUUGGUCCCAGUGAGCUGGCUGCCUGGCUCCCAGCCUCCUGUGCUUGCUCCGUGCCCAUCUCUGUCGUGUCCCCCCACGUGCUCUCACUGGAGAGUCCACGUCUUAGCUGGUCCGUGUGGAUGUCUUCCUGUACCUUUGCAUCGGCACAUGGAUUUCAGAGUACAUAGCCGAGAGAGAGGUGUUUGUGGUUUCCCCCUCUCUGGCUGGUGGAGGACAGAAAUGCCUGCUCUUUUUACCUCCAAGACUAGGGUCUCAUUGAUUAACUUCUAGAAGUGCUGCACUUCUGAAGAACAAGGAUGCACUAAAGUUAGCAAGUUUAUAAUAAAGUUAAAUAUAAAUUAUUUUGUUUUAAAAUGCCUAAAAUUUUUCUUUUAAGUAUUCUAAACAGCCGACAUUAAAAUAUUUCCUGCUAAGUGUAACCGUGCAGUUUAUCCCACACAAUGCUCUUUGCAAGACUGAGGCUUUUCUUUUUUUCCUUCUUUUUUUUUUUUAAAGAAAAAAAAAUUAUUUCCAUCCAAUAUUUAAAGACUUGAAUUUUAUUUAAACUUGAAAAUGACUUUGCCUUAACUUUUGUAUAAGACAGCUUGGAGCUCAUGGAGCCCGGCCCUGGGUUGGCAGGAGUGCGUCAGAGUCACUCAGUUACCGUGUGAACCUCUUGGUAGUCUUGCUGAGUAAGCAUACUGUAGUGCAAGAGCUCGCAGUAGUUUUUGUAACAUACCUUACAGAUCUUCAACUGCUGAUCUUUCUUCAGCUUGUUGAGAAAUCCUGUAAAUGCAAAUAGUCGAUACUGUAUUAAUAUGUGCACUUGGGAGUGCGCUCUGCCUGUACAGUUGUAAAUAAUGAGAACAUAUUAAAAAGGUACCCUACAGAGAAAAAUCUGAUAAAAAUUAUUGAUAUAUUAUAAAUGUUGCUGUUGAGCUGGAUGUAGAUAAACUAAAUGUUGUGGUUUGAGUAUUAUUUUAAUUUGUUGGUUUUUCCCCUUAUUCUGGUGUGUUGAAAUGACUUUGCCUCUUUGCUGCAGAAGGGAAAUGGAAAGUCUUAUUAAAAGCCUUCAAAUGUUUUCAUACUCUUAAAGUAUGUAAAUACAUACUAAUCAUAUCUAAUGUGAAAGGGUUUUGAAGUAUAAUAUAGAAACUGGCAGGAUCUUCUGAGGAAAGUUAAAAAAACAGUAAUCUACUAAUUAAAAUCCUAUGUUGCUGCAAGUGAUUUAUCCUGCCAGAGGGAAAGCUGCCUGCGCGUGUGGCCAUUUCCUUCAGAGCCACUGUCAUUCAGUUCCAUAGGAGUGUACACAGUGCAGAUGUGUUUAAAAUGCCCGUGAAAGGAACAUAAGAAUGAAUUUUCUCGUAGAUGUCAGAUCACUGACCAAAAAAAAAAAAAAAAAGGCCAGCAACAUUUGUUCUCUUGAGCCCACACUAGCAGAUCCUGUCCAUCCGGAAAGGCAGGCUUUAGACCUCAGGUCCUUCGUGUCUUGUCUUUGCUGGAGAAGGGACCAGGGUAUUGUCAGCCAUCCCUUAUCCCCAGAUUGCAGUGCUCACAGGCAGAGUCCUUGAGUUUUUAAUCUGUCCGUUCCCCAAGGCUCACGCUUCAAAGUAUGUGCGGUAGAACCACUGUUUGCUGGCCUAAGUGCAGAGCUCAGCCACACGCAGGAGCAAGUGGGCACAUGGAGCGGGUCCUCGAAGUGAAUGAAGGUGCUGCUCCUGGCUAUAAUCACUGCUUGGCCAGUGACAGCCUGGCGUCAGGAACAAAAACUUUGCUCGAAUGUGGUUUUUAUAGAACUCUUUAAGGAAGCAAAGGUGAUAUGCCAAAUAGCUGUAAAAUGUAAAAACAAAAACUUUUUGCUAAUACUUUUGAGAUUUUCCACUCAGAAAAAAAUGGAAGUUAUCCUGAUAGGAAGCUGUGAGGGCGCAUGCAGACUGUUGCUGUGUCACAUACAGCAAGUCAUAUGUGGUUUUCAUAGCAUCUUUUUUAAGUUUACUCAUUCCUUUCCGUAUCUCAAGUAUUGAAUCAGAGAUACCGCAGUCACAAAUGACAUUUUAGCUUGUAAAAUUGUGUGAUGAUACUUAAUUAUCAUUUGGAAAUACAGGAAUAGGAAUCUGGCCCCAUUUCACCAGACAUGAAUUUCAAGUAAUCGCUCUCCUACUAGUCAGUGUCUUGAUGUCUCUGUGAGCCCUUCUGUCACUGCGUCACUGGUCCACGAGUGGGUGGCGGCAAGAAGUCCUACAUUGCUGUAUUGGGGUUUCUGCAGUUGGUUUGUGAAAAACUGGUCCAGUGUGUCCCGGCAGGCGUCUUAACGGUGCAUACCUGUCUUUGUCCCCUUCAGUGAGCUAUAGUUGUGGGUUUGUGUGCUUUGUAGCCUGUUACACGGAAAGCAGCAGACAAUCGACGAUUCCAGAGCGCUGGCAGCCGCUGAGUCACAGAGCGGGAGUGGAACGUGAAGCUUUCUUGAGGGUUUUUGUUUCUGUUCUACUUUUCAUUAAGACUGGAAUCAAGCUUACAUGUAAACUAUUGGUAAUUUAAGUUUCCUUUUGUGUCAUUCAGUGUAAAACUGUCUAAUUUGGAAAAAAAUGUAGGUUAUGAAAAAUAAAGAUUUAGGCACUGUUCAA